AACCACCCCACCAUUUUCCAUGCCACCUAGUGUGGCAAGACUCUUGCAAGAAUUAUGUAGGCAGCCAAGAUUUCCCACCUUCACAAUUUUUUUUUUAAUUCAAUUUCAUAAUAAAACUCCUCCUUAUAAAUACCCAAAAUAAAUAAUGACACAUUACAAAUCUUGAAGAAACAAAAAAGAAUCCAAAAUUCUAUAUGGCUUUAUUGAUAUCAUGUAAGCCAUCUAGUAUAUCCAAUAUCAGUUUCCCAUUUAUACUGGAAAAAAACCAAACAUCUUGUAAAUCUACAAAAAUGGGGUCUUUUAGUAGUAAUAAUAUUAGUUGUUGUGUCAGUACUUCAUCAAUAUCAACAGUGGUGGCUCAAAGGAAACUUCCUAUAUUGCUUUUUGAUGUUAUGGAUACUAUUGUUCAUGACCCUUUUUACCAUGAUGUCCCUAACUUCCUUAGCAGGCAAAUACUGGUUAUUUAUGAAUGCCGAAUUCUUCUCCGCCUCAGGUUGAUGCAAUCUCUUCUGGCAAUGGUCCAAUGCUGCUUUGGGCACCUUUUAUCUCAUUUUUUAUUCAGAAUGCCAAUGAAAGAAUUGCUGGAAUGCAAGCAUCCAACUGCCUGGAUUGAGUUUGAAAAAGGCCUAAUCACUGAGGAGGAGUUGACUAGGAAAUUCUUCAAGGAUGGAAGAUCUGUUGAUAUGGAAGGCCUCAAAAAUUGUAUGAGAAGAGGAUAUUCCUACCUUGAAGGUGUUGAAGGCUUAUUGAAUUCUUUGAAAGAAAAUGGAUACGAAAUCCAUGCUUUCACAAAUUAUCCAAUCUGGUACCAAAUGAUUGAAGACAAGCUAAAACUCUCAAAUUACCUAUCUUGGACAUUUUGUUCCU